AUGGGUGAGAAAAAGAGAAAAGCUGGGGCGCAAGAAGCCACCGACCGACCGACCAAAAAGCCACAGACCAGCAAAGCCAAGGUCACCUACAUCACAGGCCCCGAUGUAGCGAAGCCCGUUGUUGCAUUCUCCCCCGGUUUCACGCUUCCCCCGGAAUUGAAAUUCAACGCCUUCUCCAAGAAGACAACAACGUCGUCCGCCAGCCCGACCAGCCUUCUCCUCCAAACCUCUGACCAUCCAACGAUUGACUAUGUCGCAACGGAAAGCAACACCACCGAAGUAGGCGAGAGGCACAUGAAGCACUACGUCGCGGUGUUUGACCCGUCAUCAAAAAGCCUGCGAGUCACGGAAGCCAAGAAAGUGACGGUACGCAGCAGUGUGCGCCAAGUCGACCAGCGAGACGGCAGCGACGGUGAAGAGAACGAUACUGGAGCAACACCCACCUGGGCAACGAUGCCCUCGUCGCGCGCCGCACUGACCGAGGCGUUUGGAACCAAGAAAUCCAAAAAGGCAGUGGCCUCGGUGGCCGAGAACCGACUCCUCGCUCGCGGCGGGGAGAAGGCAACAGACAGCCCUGUCUCGAAUGCGAUUCUGUGGUCGAUCAAGGACGAAGACGACCCAUUCUUGGAUACCAAGAACACCUCUGACGCGACGGUCCUGUCGCGGGCCAACAAGCCACUGCCUCCAGCGAACCUGGACACGACGGAGAUCGAGGAAGUGUAUGGCCUCUCGGCGCUGGUCUUCCCGGCCCCCGCGCGCACGACACUGGCGCAGAUGCCGCUGGCCUACUGGCGCGAGCGGAUCGGAGCGAAAAAGGACGUGGUGUCGCGCUACCGCUUCGUCGCGCACCGCGUGGACCGUCUGACCCGACUCCAUCUCGAGAAUCCCGACGACCAGACGACGCUGUUGAAGCUGCAGCUGCUGCGGUACAUCCAGCUCCUGCUGGAGCUGUACACGUACAUCACGCGCCUGCCCGCCCGCAAACCCAUCCCGCAGCCGGAACAGUGGCCGGACCACACGACCUCGGAUGCAAGUCUGUCGACGGCCUUCCUGUCGAAACUGGUCGCUCACUUCUUCCCGACGUCGAUCCCCACGGCCCAGGCGAAGACCUUGUUGACCACCACGAUUCUGGCCCUGACCUUGCACAUCCCGCCGCCCAAGUGGCAGCCCGGAGUGACCAUGCCCGUGCUCGUCACCGAGCCGUCCGACAUCUCGCUGGACCUGGCGUUGCAGCCGACCGAGGUGAGCAAGCUCUUCCGUGAACUGGGGUGCAAGAUGGAGAGCUUGGCAGAUAUGGAGCUGGCACGUUGGGGCUGGGAGAAGAAAGGUAAGGCGAGGAAGAUAGUGGAUGAGGAUGGCAAGGAGACGACAUUGCCGAAGCCCAAGUUUGCGAAACUCCGGUUUCCCAUCGAAUUCCCCAAGAUCAGCGCCGGGCGGCCGAGUAGGAGAUAA